CGUCAUCGUUUUCUGGUGUCACCGCACCCCACCGGGCUCAACCUGCGCCUCCGUCACGAAGCCUUCUCAACUGCAACUGUAAUUCUGAAGCGAUAAUGACAUUCUAACUACGGUGGCUCACUCUGAAUAAAGAUCGCUUCUUUCAAUCAUUUGCUCUCCACCACAAGCUGCUUCCUCGUCACCUUAUCCGCUGGUAACGAAAUGUCUCCUCUUUUGAUCUCUCUCUCUCUCUCUCUCUCUCUACCAAACUGUGUUCUUUGCGAUCCUGUUCCGUUUUCAAUUUCUGGGUAGCAGCCAAAAUUAAGUCAAGGUUGACCUUAACUAGCACAUUAUUGAUCCAUGGUUCUUCUGGAAUUAGAAAGCAUUGAACUUGACCUUUGUUCGAAUUCCUUGUGAUUUGAGUUACUGCUUUGAUUCAUCCGUCUCCAAGUUUGGAAGGAAUUACUGCUUUGAUCCAUUGUUCUUUCUCGAAUUAGAAAGCAUUGAACUUGACCCUUGUUCGAAUUCGUUGUGAUUUGAGUUACUGCAGUUGGUAGGGAAGGGUUUGUGUCGAAAGUCAAAAUUGACUUGAGAAUUUAAUGUUCAACAUUGAUGAUUGCAGAUAGGUUCGGUUCACUCUGAUCGAUCGGCAACGUCUUGUAAAGAUGAAGCAGUUGUGGGUUCGGCUUGUUGCCGCACUCUUUCUGUUCUUGAGUUGUUUGAGCAAUGGGAAUGCGAAGAUGACGAGUACCUUUGUCCGUUCGGAGUGGCCAUCGACUGAUAUCCCUCUUGAUAAUCAAGCAUUUGCAGUUCCUAAGGGUCGAAAUGCACCCCAACAGGUACACAUCACACAGGGUGACUAUGAAGGGAAGGCUGUGAUCAUUUCGUGGGUGACACCUGACGAGCCUGGUUCUCUUAAAGUACAGUAUGGUAAGUCAGAGAAGAAAUAUGACUUGACUGCUGAUGGGACAGUAUCAAACUAUUCCUUCUACAAGUACAAAUCGGGAUACAUUCACGAGUGCCUCCUUGAUGGCCUUGAGUAUGCUACUAAGUAUUACUACAAGAUCGGCGAUGGUGAAUCUUCUCGUGAAUUCUGGUUCCAAACGCCACCAAAGAUUAAUCCAGAUGCUCCAUAUAAGUUCGGAAUAAUUGGUGAUCUGGGCCAAACAUAUAACUCUCUAUCUACCCUUCAACACUACAUGGAGAGUGGGGCAGAUGCAGUGUUAUUUGUUGGUGACCUCUCUUAUGCAGACAGAUACCAGUACAAUGAUGUUGGGAUUCGAUGGGAUACAUGGGCCCGUUUUGUUGAGCAAAGCACAGCAUAUCAGCCAUGGAUGUGGUCUGCUGGAAAUCACGAAAUUGAGUUCAUGCCAUACAUGGAUGAGGUUGUUCCUUUCAAAAACUUUCUUCAUCGGUACCCUACUCCUUACUUGGCUUCCAAAAGCACUAGUCCUCUUUGGUAUGCCGUCAAACGUGCAUCUGCUCAUAUCAUUGUACUCUCCAGCUAUUCACCUUUCGUGAAAUACACUCCACAAUGGACGUGGCUGAAGGAAGAGCUGAAGAAUGUCAACAGAGAGAAGACGCCGUGGCUCAUUGUUCUCAUGCACGCCCCUAUCUACAACAGCAAUGACGCGCAUUACAUGGAGGGAGAAAGUAUGCGUGCAGCUUUCGAGAAGUGGUUUGUUCGAUACAGAGUCGAUGUUAUCUUUGCUGGUCAUGUCCACGCUUAUGAAAGAUCGUACCGAAUAUCAAACAUACAAUACAAUGUGACAAGUGGCGCCCGAUAUCCUAUUCCAGACAAAUCUGCACCCGUCUACAUUACAGUAGGGGAUGGAGGGAAUCAAGAAGGUCUUGCUGGAAGGUUUUUGGAACCACAGCCAGAUUAUUCUGCAUUCAGGGAAGCCAGUUAUGGGCAUUCAACUUUAGAGAUAAUGAAUAGAACACAUGCAUUGUACCACUGGAACCGCAAUGACGAUGGCAAAAAGGUGCCCACUGAUGCAUUUGUAUUGCUCAACCAAUACUGGGGAGGCAAUCUGAGACGCAGAAAACUAAAUAAGCAUCACUUGAGAAGUAUCAUCCAGCCGGUUACUACCAAGUUCUUGCUGCAUUCAGAGUGAUGAGGCCACACCGAAUCAGCAGCCAA